AUGCACCCUCCCAACAGUUCUGUGAAUCGUACCUUAGCCAGACCUCAGAUUGAUUAUGAAGUUAGUGGAGAGGGUUUAAGAGAAGCAAUAAAAAAUGGUGACAUUGCUGCUGUUAAGAAACUUCUUAAUGAGGGUGUGGAUGCAAAUUACAAGGACAAGCAAGGACUGUCUUUAAUACAUUUGGCUGCAGUCUUCAAUCAAACUAAAAUAGUUUUCACUCUCAUGGAUUCGGGGGCAAAUCUGGAAUACAAAAAUGCACAAGGAGAAACACCUUUAGAUUGUGCACCAGCUACAUUGCAAUAG